CUGAUACCUAUAUUCCUUAAAGUCUUGGUCAAUAUUCAAGCGAAGAAUUAUCAAGAAGCUUAUGAUUUGGAAGUGCAGAUAGUUAACACAUUCGUCAAAGAGAUUUUGCAGAAAUGGAAGGAUGCGAACUUUUUCUUACCCAUCUGUUACCGUCUAUGUUCAGAUCUAAUUCUCUGUGCCAAAUUGGUAUGUACGAUUCUCUGUCGUUGCAUGGCACGUUCUUCUAUGGAUUGUACGAAGCGUUUGGCAAUGCUGAAUUUGACGAACAACCUGUUUCGGUUGUAUUUUCGGAUAAGUAGACUGAACCUCCUGAAACCUUUGAUACGUGCCAUUGAAAACUGCGGUCCGCUCUACGAACAUUUUUCUAUGGCUGACAAAGUCACGUUUCAGUACUACAUUGGGCGUAAAGCUAUGUACGAUUCAGAUUUUAAGGCAGCCGACGAAGCCCUUACAUUUGCAUUCAACAACUGUUUGCCGUCCAGCAUCAAGAACUUGCGUUUGAUUCUCGUUUACCUCAUUCCCGUCAAGAUCUAUUUGGGCUACUUGCCGCCGAAGAAUCUGUUGAUGAAGUACAACCUUAUGGAAUUUUUUGCCGUUGCAGAAGCUGUGAAACAUGGGGACGUGUACAGACUUGAGGAAAUUAUUUGCAGCUAUAACCCAUUUUUCGUGAAGUCUGGAAUUUUCUUGAUGCUGGACAAACUGAAGAUUAUGGCAUGCCGGACUUUGUUCAAAAAGACGUGCAGAUUACUGAAAACAUCUCAGAUUCCUCUCAAAGCUUUCAGUAUUGCGAUGAAGCUUGCCAAAAUUGAGGAUAUGGAUGCCGACGAAGUGGAGUGUGUUGUGGCAAAUUUAAUAUUUCAAAACAAGAUCAAAGGUUACAUAUCGCAUGAACAUCAGAAAUUAGUCAUUAGCCGCAAGAAUCCUUUCCCGUCGUUAUCUAAACCUAAAUGA